UUGUAUUCUCUCUGCAAUUUAUCACAGAUGGUUAUAGUUUUCAUACCACUCGAGAUUGUUUCGCUGUGGUUUUGUUUCAAUGGAAAUUAUUGACCCCUUAUUUAAGUUUUAUUUAUUCCAAAAACAAAUUUAGACAAAGGCAAAAUCAUAAUGUUGCCCGCUACCGGACUGUUUCGGUCCAUAAACUGUCCGUUCUUUGAAAAAGAUUUGUGCACAAGGCCCUAUUGUCAUUUUAAGCAUAUAAAGUCAGAUGCGCCCACAGCAGUUACCUACAACGCAACACCAAAAAGUAUACUCAACCGGACUAAUGCUAUUGGCUCGGAUGCAGCUGUGUCGGAUGGUCCAGAUAAAAAAAGACCCAAACUUGAGUAUAUUCCUAUGCCAACUAUAAUUGUGCCCAAAUAUGUACCGACUGUGAAAGCCGUCACGUCAGUUAAAAAGGAGGCACCAAUCAAUGAAACAAUAGAGGAACAAGUUCCAGCGAUCAAAACAGAAGACUGCCAUGUAUCAGAUAUUAUAACAGAACCAACGCAGAAUAAUCAGACAACUACUGAUGAACGCAAAAAAGAGGUGAAUCCUUGCAAUGGACACGACACAAGCGAUGAUAUUGAUAAAAAUAAUAUCGACGCUACUGAACUUUCGCAAACUGGUGCGGAAUCUUCCAAAAAAGAAACUACGGAAAAUUCUGCUUCAGCAGUUACUACUUUUAAAAAAAGCAAAGGAAACGAACGAAGUUCAUCUCGCAAGUCUAGCAGUAGUCGAAGUAACAGUAGUUCACAUAAAAAGAGCAAUAAAGAUGAUAAAAGUCACCGGAGGCACCAAAGUAGUAAAGAUGAUAGGAAGAAAAGCUCGAGUAGAUCUCAUAGCACUGACCGGAAGCAUUCCUCAUCAUCACGGAAAGAGGAAAAACCUAAAGACUCAAAAACAGAUAAAGUCAAAGAACGCAACACAACUCACAGUAAGACUAAACAUAAAGAACAAUCCAGAGAAAGGGAUAAGAAAACUUCCAGAGAUACGGGUAGCAGUAAAUCAUCCGAACAAAAUCGUCACCGAUCGUCUCAUAGCUCGACUAAAUCAAGUACAAAGAGGUGCAGUAGUGACAAUAACAAAUUAAAGUCUACAACUAAGGAAAUAAAAGAAAGAAAAUCAUCACAAUCUCUUGAAUCAUCAUCAAAAUCGAAGCUAGGACUUGCCGAUAAAAUUUACCUAGAGCUUCUUGAUAACCCUCCUAGUGAUAUAGACGCUGAGAGUGACGAAGACGAAGUUAUGAAACAGUGUAAAAUGAUUUUUGAAGAGUACGAUUCAGCAGCACCUAGUGAACAACAAACACUAGAGCAUAAAAAGCUUCUGACCAAACCUGAUCGGAGUCAAAAACCGGAACUGAUCGACAUGUUUGCCGAAAAGUAUUACGAUGAAAAUCGAAAAAAACGAGUUGCCCACGAGAAUGUAUCAAACGUGAAAUCAACUAAUUCGUCGCUUCCUCCUGUGAAGAAGACUAACCACGUUCAAAACGCGAUGAGGUCCGUCUACCUUCGCCAAGAGAUUGUUCGCAAACAACAAGAAGAGCUUGCAGCGAAGAUACGUUUAGAAGAAGAAGCCAAAGCCCGUAUUGAAGCAGAAACUCGAAAAGCAAUAAGCAAACCAGUCACCCCACGGAUGAGUAACGGCUCGCCACGAUCACCAGUUUUGAGUCCAACAGCUGUAACUACACCACCAACCACAGAAAAAUCACCUGUUUCUCCAAUAAACACCAAUAGUUUUUACAACAAAUCUCCAGAUGCGAUAGCAACGACUCCCAAAAGUCGUUUUGCACCCGCCGUUAAUGUACUUGCUUUUCAAAAAGCAAAAGAAAAAAUUGAGGAACUGAAAAGGCUAAAAAACAUUGGUACUCCUGCGCAAACUGUUCCCAAAGGAGUUGGUAGAAAGGCACAUAUAGGAUCUGUUUUACCGGAAAAUGCAUCAUCAAGCUCGGUUUCUGUGGCACAAACGCCAUCCAAACCACCACCACCCGUUUUAGAGCCUGAGUCUACUAAAAUUUCGUACAACAUAAGAAUGCAGUUCUAUAAUCUGAUGAUUAAGCACUGCCUCUCUAUCUACCCAACUUGUGAGGAUGCGUGGGAUCGCGCACAAACUGAGGAGCUGACCGUCUUUAAAAAAUGUAAUACUCCGAUGAUCUACAAAAGCAGUGCCCUGUUAACGAUAAAUAAGCUGCGAAAAGAGGUUGGCGAGUCAGGAAAUGGCAUCGCCGAUAAGAACAAAACUGUAUCCCAUGAUGUUAUUCUUGCUGGAAAAAUGGGACAAAACAUUUCAUGGAGUGUGAAUAAAAAAAUUAAAACCGAAGUGAAGUCUAGUUACACUAUCGAUAAUGCUCCGUCGACAGUUGCAUAUAAAAUGAUAUACGAGUGCAUUAUGACGGAGGAGCAAUUGCAGUCGAAUGGAUUCCCGAGGGCUACCGAAGUCCCAGGAAAGGCGAAAAUUUUCACACCGAAACCUCGUCGACCUCCAAACGAAGACGAACGAUACUGCUCCCGGUGCUCAAAGGUGUACAACCUUGAAAGUUAUGAUGAGCCUGCUGUGGAUUCCUGCAACUAUCAUAAUAAAAGCACCUGUUACAGACGUGGAUUUGCAGACAACUUGCACAGUUGCUGCCAGCAGCCGUCUGGCUCGGCCGGUUGUAUGUAUGCCAACUAUCAUGUGACUAGCUAUAUGGAUUAUGACAAUCUCAACGGGUUUGUUAAGACAAUGGAUCCACCGGAAGGAUACGUACCCUCGAAAAAAGAUGUGUAUGCACUAGAUUGUGAGAUGUGCUACACAACGGCCGGACUAGAGUUGACUCGUGUAACCGUUGUCGACAUCAAUGAAAAAACCGUUUACGAUACUCUGGUGAAACCAUCGAAUCGGAUUAUUGACUACAAUACAAGGUUUUCCGGUAUCACCGAGCAGAUGCUGAAUGAUAUAACCACCACGCUGUAUAACGUACAAGCUGUUCUAUUGUCGAUGUUUAAUUCGGAAACAAUCCUUAUCGGUCACAGUUUGGAAAGUGACUUCAGGGCACUGAAACUUAUCCACAAUAUCGUGGUUGAUACGUCGAUUCUUUAUCCGCACAAAAUGGGACCACCGAAGAAGCGUGCCUUAAAAACGCUAUGCAUCGAGAACUUGAAGAAAAUAAUUCAAGAAAAUGAUGCCGGUCAUGACAGCGCAGAGGAUUCGGUGGUGUGCAUACAACUUAUCAAACACUACUUGAGUAAUCGUAUUCUAUGAUUAGGAAGUAGAAACCUAUGAACAGCGUUUGAAUCAAACUAUGUUAAGAAUACUACAUACCACAUACCACAUAUUAUCAUUAUUGUCAUUUAUUUAUUUAUUUCUUAGCACGGCGAGCCUGCUAUCCCAUUAAUACGUGAUAAGUUGUUUUCAGAACAUAGGUUACAGCGAAAUAACUACUGUUCUCUCAUGUAUCAAACGGCAAAAACGCCAGAACACUCAGUGGGACUUUCAACUAUGAAUGUUUAUCAAAUAAAACCAAUGUUCGAAAUCUACUCA